AUGGCUGCUAAGAAUUUGCAAGUCGGCUGGUAUGGCCUUGGAUCUAUGGGCAAGCCCAUGGCGGAGAAUUUGCAAAAGUAUCUGGCAAAGCAUGAUCAAUCGCUCAUCUUCAACAACCGCACAAUGGCUUCGGGUGACAACCUCAAGAGUCUUGGUGCGUCUUCGGCGUCGAGUUUCGGCGAGUUGGUCGAGAAGAGUGAUGUCGUAUUUACAAUGGUAUAUUCCCAGAUUCUUCCAGCUCUCUUGCAGACAAAAACUGAUAGUGAGCAAGNNGUCAACAAUGAUGAUACACUCAAGAGUCUUCUGCAACAAGCCUACGACACCAAAGACCUCUCUGGCAAAAUCUUCGUCGACUGCUCUACCGUACACCCAGACACGACAAAAACUGUCACCGAAGAAAUGUCGAAGCACAAGGCAACUUUCCUGGCAGCACCCAUGUUCGGCGGCCCAGCAAUCGCCGCACCCGGUAAACUGGUUGUCGCAAUCGGUGGACCUUCCUCAGCGGUCGAGACCGUAAAACCUUACUUCCAGGACGUGAUUGCCAGAAAGGUCAUUGUGUGCAAGGAGGAGCCUCAGAGUGCUUCUAUGCUGAAGAUUGCUGNNGGUGAGUUUUGUGCUUUCCAAAUCAUGAGACGCGGGAGGAUGCUAAUGGAGAACCACAGAAACAUCAUCACCGUAAACCUCAUGGAGGCAGUCAGUGAAGCUCAAGUCUUCGCCGAACAAACCGGCAUCGGCUGCGGCCCCAUGGAAGAGCUCAUCACCGAAGGCUUCGGCCCCGUCGCUGGCGGCUACUCCGGCAGAAUGACAAGCGGCAACUAUGCACCAGCCCUCGACAAGCGCCCUGGCUUUGGAGUUUCGCUUUCGAUCAAGGAUGCUGAUUAUGCUGUUGCCAUUGCAAAGGACAAGGGUGUUAAGUUGCCGGCGACAGAGGUGGCGAACAAGAAUAUGAAGGCUGCGAGGGAAGAGCAUGGAGAGGUCUUGGAUUGUGCGGCUAUGUAUGGUACGUUGAGGAAGNGGGCUGGGCUGAACUUUUUCAAUGAGAAGAGCAGGCAGAGCGAUGAGUAA